GGCGCGGCGGCAGGGCCCGCCCUCCGAGCGGCGGCCCGGCGGGGUCGGCGCGGGGCGGGGGCGACGCGGCGCUGGAGCGGCCAUGAAGGCGGGAGCUACUUCCAUGUGGGCUUCCUGCUGCGGGUUGCUGAAUGAAGUUAUGGGUACGGGAGCAGUGCGUGGCCAGCAGGCUGGCUUUGGGGGAGGUGCUGGCCCAUUCAGGUUUACACCAAGCACGGGCUUCUCAGCAUAUCCAGCUCCUGCUGCAGCCAGCACCAACAUCGUCUGCAAAGCCUGUGGACUCUCCUUCUCAGUUUUCAGGAAAAAACACGUGUGUUAUGACUGCAAAAAAGAUUUUUGCUCAGUUUGUUCAGUCUUACAAGAGAAUCUCAGAAGAUGUUCCACUUGUCACUUGCUGCAAGAAACGGCCUUCCAGCGCCCUCAGCUAAUGAGAUUGAAAGUGAAGGAUCUGCGUCAGUACCUGAUCCUCAGAAACAUCCCCACGGACACCUGCAGGGAGAAGGAAGACCUGGUGGACCUGGUGCUGUGCCACCAUGGCCUGGGCUCAGAGGAGGACAUGGACACUGGCAGCUUGCGUUCGUCACGCUCACAGACCUCGGGCUUUUUUGCCCAUCCCUUUUCCACAUCUGUGUCCAUGACAAACCCAGGAGAACUUGCCAACAGAAGGGGAAGCACGGGAAGUGGGACACCUUCACGGGGGCAAACGGAAACAUCUGUAAAUAAUGAAGAAGAAGAAAGUGCAGAAGAGCAGACCCCGGGGCUGGCCAGGAAGAGAGCCAGGGCCUCCCUGUCUGAUAUUUCCAGUCUGGAAGACAUUGAAGGGUUGAGUGUUCGGCAGCUGAAGGAAAUCCUCGCCUGCAAUUUUGUCAACUACUCAGGAUGCUGUGAAAAAUGGGAACUUGUGGAAAAAGUGAGCAGACUAUACAGAGAGAAUGAGGAGAACCACAAGACACAGGGGGAGAGGGCGCAGCUGAACGAGGACGACGACAGCCUGUGCCGGAUCUGCAUGGACGCGGUGAUCGACUGCGUGCUGCUGGAGUGCGGCCACAUGGUCACCUGCACCAAGUGCGGCAAGAGGAUGAGCGAGUGCCCCAUCUGCCGCCAGUACGUGGUGCGGGCCGUGCACGUCUUCAAAUCCUAACCCAGGGCAGCAUUCCUGGGGACGGGAUUCCUGUGGGCGGGAGUGCUGUGCCCUGGGGCACGCGGCAGCGUUGUUGUCUUGGUUAAACUCGGCCUUUUCAACAUCAAGAUGUAGAAGAUGGUGAAAGGUUUUUCAAGCGGCUCCUGCAGCGCAGGGCUGGGCAGGCCCAGGCCCUGCCCCACUGACCUUACAGCCCACAGAUUGUUGGAGUCAAACUGUUUACAGCAGUUCUUGCUCUCUUCUGAAGAAUCUCACCUGUCCUUACGCAUUCAGCACUCGGCAAGUGGUCAGCAAACACCUCUGCUUGAGCCUAUUAGCCUGUGGUGUUCUCUAGUGCAUUAGAAGCAAUGAAUAUAUCAGUUGAUUAUUCAGCUUUUCCCUGGCGAUAGAAUGUAUCUGUUCCGGCGGCCUGGCUGGUGUUGGACACAGCUUAGGAAGCGCUGCCGUGAACUGGUCCUGCACAGAAGCCCUUAAGCAGUCUUGCUUUAUGCUGAUUGCUCCCUCUGAAUGUCUGUCAUGACACUGUGUGCUGUCUUGGCUGUUCUGUCAGUGUACAAAACACUCCAUCACGUUGCAGGGCUCAGGGGUCACACUGGGCUCUGCCUGGUGGGCUCCAAAAACCAGUUACUGAGUGGUUUUUAGUUUAGGAAUAAACUAUUUUUUUAAGAAGGGUACUGUAGGUAAACCAUGUUGGCGUGGUCCUUAAUCUGCUCAUGCUGUUGUAACUAUUAAUCUGUGAUGAUUAUACUCCAUGUGCCGACAGCCUGAUGUUACUGUGAAUCCUGAUCAGGGGCACCACCUUGUUGCUGCUGAGGUGGAAUGUACAGCAUUACUAACCUUAACAGGGGAGGCAGGAGCAGGGACAGUGUUUUUUUUUCAAAUCUCCUGUUCACAGACUUUCACCCAAAGCCAACUCACCCAAACCAGCUUCCCAGGGGCUGCUGAGGGCCCUGUAGUGCCUGGCCAGCUCUUGGACCAGGGUCAGGCUGAGGUUUGUGCCACGAGCUGGGGUCCAGGUCCUCUUGAAGCAGGAAGGUUCCCUCCCUGUAGGAUGUCUGUGAGCAAUGACCUGGGGAAAGGAGCAGCAAGAGGAGCUGGUGCUGGGGUGAGAACAGGAUGCACGACUGUGCCUGGUGAAGGUCACUGUAAAAAAGAGGUGAGCAAGGACCAUGGGUGUCCAGUUAUUUUUAAAGCAGAGGUGAUUAAAGGUACAGUGUCUCCUUUAAGUCUCCAUGUUGCAGCAAAGCUCCAGAGCCAAAGCUGUGCUUGGCUGAGGGUGUAGCACCUGAGAACUGGACCUGUGCUGCACUGGCACCUGCUCUUAACUUCUGUGAACUGUUAGGCUGGCGUGGAAGAGAUAAAGCAGCUCCUCCUCACACAAACACAACUCCAAGCUCUACUGGGUUUUUUUUCAGAAGGGAGCAAACCUCUCAAUGGCUUUAUUUUUUAGAAGUAACUUUUUAAUGGUACUUAAUUCCUGGAGUCUGUCCAGAGGGGAAGCUAAUGAAGGCAGACAUGCCCUCAGUGUUAUUUCCAUGCUGCUCAUUAGCCACUCAAGCUUAAUAAAGAUGGGUGACAGGC